AUGGCGUCUAUUGACAUUAUGCGUGUGUUGUUGACCUGUAGAGGAGGAGGAGGAGGAGGAGGAGGAGGAGGAGGAGGUAGAGGAGGAGGAAGAGGAAAAAUGCGACGUCUAUAUUUUAUGACGACGUUAUUUCACGCAACGCUGACAUUCACCCUAUUACCGUACAUACAAAUCGACUACGCACAUUAUUUUCGAUUGGCUCAGUGCCAAGCGAAGUGCACUCAAAAAUAUGGUGUUCCUUCAACUCGUAAUCUUCUGGAUGGUUCCAUCGAAGAGCACCUAGACGUGAAUAAUUCCGCUUGUGAAGCGUGCGAUUCCGGAUGCCAUCAGCAUCGCCGCCUACACGGACGUGCACCACGAGGACCCUCAAAGAACCCCAUGGAUGACGGGCUACGAUUUUGGGCGGAAAGCCGUGCCGACACAGCCAAGACCGGGUCGACCCUGAUAUCGUCGGUCGAGCUGCUAUGUCAAAAUCCUUCGCUAGCCGAGGAAUUUGGUGACUCUUCCGAGGGAAUCGUGAAAAUUUCGCUACUGAGACCGAGUGGAGCCACCAGAUUUAUUAUCCAAUGGAAGCAUAGAAUCCAAGGUCUGGUAGCUUACGAGGAAAGUCAAUGGAUCACUGCAUCUAUCGAAUCCGACACGUUAGUCGCAGCUAGAGGUCUCGCACCAGGUGUACAGUACCGUUUUAUGGUUACUGCUGUAGGACCAGCUGGUCGACUCGGGGAAACGGUCGCCAGCGCAUGGAGCAAUAUAAUUAGCGACACGGCACCAAGGGUCCCAGUGGGUCCCCUCAUUCUGAGGAACGGCUACAAUUCGGAAACUGGUGUGACCGUUCAUGUUGAAUGGUCCCGUGCUGCGCAGGAUUCGUGUUACUAUCGUGUGCAGCUGAGUAACGCUACAACACAACUUAACAAGGACAUUAUUUUGGAUUCCUCCGAAUCGAUUCUUUUUCCUCAUCUUGAAUUCGAGAACGAUUACUCGGUUACGGUAAUGGCCACCACGGCAGAUAAAGCCCUGAGGAGCAGACCACUGUCGGGGAGUUUUAGGUCACUUCAGUGCAGGGAUGUCUAUGGACAGGGCAGCCUUCAUUGUGUUCCUGAACCCGUCUCCGACCUUGCGAUUGUCCUUCGACCAAACGGCACCGGACUGAUCUCAUGGAAACCGUCAGCUCAUCCGGAAAAUAUUCUUUUCUAUCAACUUAUUUAUCAUGCGCUGUCGCAUGAAAACGGUUGCCAAGCGAGACACGAAACUAUAAACGUCAGAGCGGCCGCCACAUCCACCGUUGUUGACUUCCCCGGCGAACGAUGCGAAUACGUCGUACGCCUCAUCAACUAUGAUCUGAUCGGGAGAGAUGCUGUCGCCGAAGCUCGCGUACUCAUCGAAUCGAACUCGUCACUUCUGCCCGUAGAACUCAUCCUUCGUCCCGAAAUCCUAAUCGCUUUCGUAUGCGUUUUGUUGUUCUCCGUCUUUUGCGUUGUAAUUCGUUACAAAUGCGCCCGAAGUUGUCCCCAUAGGGUGUCAGAAAAACAGCAAAAACUCACCGAUUAUGCGUAA